AUGGGGGUUCGUUACUUGCCAACAAUUGAAAUGGUAAGUUAUCCAAUCGACUCCAUAAGUAGGAAUGUUGAUUGGGCGCAUGUUGUGGCAUAUGACUACCAUUUGCCUACCAGGGAGAAUUUUACAGGAGUCCAUGCUGCUUUGCAUAAUCCCUCUAGUCAUGUUAACACAGAUUUUGGCAUCAGGGAAUGGUUGAAUAAAGGAUUUCCACCAACCAAACUGGUUUUGGGAUUGCCUUACCAUGGAUGGGCAUGGAAAUUGGUGAGCAGCAAAGAUAAUGCUAUUGGUGCACCAGCGUCAGGUCCAGCUAUCACCAUUGAUGGUUCUAUGGGCUACAAAACCAUCAAAUCAUACAUUCAGGAUAAUGGUUAUGGAGCUGCUUCUGUAUACAAUGCAACUUAUGUAGUGAACUUGUUCACGUCUCCAACACUUUCGAUCAAUUUUGAUGGUGUAGAGGUGGUCAAAGCAAAAAUUUCCUAUGCAAAGGAGAAAAGGCUUAUUGGUUUUAAAGCGUUUCAUCUUUCAAAUGAUGAGAAUUGGGCUCUAUCGCGGGCAGCUCAAGAGGAAGAUAAUCAGGAAAACAACAAGCGGCUGUUACUUAAAAUGAUCCUUCCAGUUUCUGUAGUUGUUAUACUGGCAGCUGCUAUGCUGUAUUACUUGCGAAGGAGAAAGGUCAAAUCAAAAUGUAACUCUACCUUCAACCAUGAGAAAAGGAAUUGA